AUGUCCGAGGCGUUACCAGAGAAUUUCUACAAAAUUAUCCAAUUCUUCUCGCCUUCCCUCGAUGCGGGACCUGCCAAUAGCAGCGAGUUUGUGAAGGACAUCGUGCAACGGUUGGAGGCCCGAUACAGCCAGCAAGUCCUCAUCGAUGGAAUCGACCGAACACCGCCCAAUUUCAACCCGCCGCUGUUCGCUGACGAAGCGCUCCUUUGGAACCGUUUUCAGGAACGUGUUCAGGAGAUCAAAGUGCCGAUAAUGGAGGAAUCUCCAACACUGAGUUGCAUCAUGUUGAACGACUUCGGCAACGUAGAUCAGAAGUCGCGCUGCGAGGACGUUAUGGAUCAACACAGUUCCUCUCGCGAACCCGACUUUCCCGAGCGAAAGUAUCACGUGAAGAUCCGCCUAACGGAAACCGACGACAUCGUGUUGUUUGAGAACCCCUCGCAUAUCGUCUCACAGGAUGCGGAAGAAGCCGCUCUCGUGGAGGAGCAAAACCGUUGGUUUGAGACACGCCCAAAAGCACGCCGGACGGCAGAUGCUGAGGCGCAGACACGUGAUCUUCCGCGGAAAUCCCGCGCCGUCAACACCGAAUGCAUCCACCGGCAGGAUGUGGCAUCGUUCGUGUCCAACUACGACAUGUACGACACGUACAACGAUCUCGAGCGUCACACGAAAGAGAUCAAUGUGGCGGAAUCGACGGCUAAGCUUGAGAUUACGACGUACUCGCGUGAGGGAAUGGAAGACAUCGACGAUCGGUUGAAUCGGAACGCUAACUUCCAUCUUUCGUCGAUGAUCCUGCAGCGGUUGUUGGCGGGAAACGUGUACCGGCAGCAGCAGAUCCGUUUCCGGAACAUGUACCCACCGGAUCCGUGUCGGACGGAUGUACGGUAUCUGUACCGAUUGGACGUCUUGUGGACGUACAGGACGAGUGAGACGUCUGAUAAGGCGGUGGCUUGUGCAAGCUGGUGUCCUGCUAAUGGAGACAUUGUGGCGCUUGCGUACGGGAUCUACGGACACGCUCGCAGUGAAGAACGCGCCAAUGGGUACGUGUACGUUUGGAACAUCAAAAACCCGGUCAAUCCGGAGCGUCGAUAUCUGUUCGAGUGUCCUGUGACGUGUGUGGCUUUUUCACCUCGAACACCGCAACUUCUGGCCGUGGGAUUGUACGAUGGAAGGGUUCAGAUCCGUGACAUCACCGACAGCUCACCCAACCAACCGUUGGCCGUGUCCGAUCGAGAGCGAUUCCCCGUGUACCAGCCCAUCUGGGACCUGAAGUGGGUCGAGUUUGAUAACGAGCGCAAGGACGAAGUGAUCGCGGUGUCCCAGAAUGGCUGGGUCAUGAAGUAUACGCUCACGAUCGGGCAGUACCUGCUGGCGUACCCACUUCUUAGGCUCGAUCGUGUUGAGGGCACGCUGGAAGGAACACUUGAAGCUGGUGCAGGUGAACCGUCGACAUCAGCAGCUCCUGAUAAGCUGCAGUCUGAUCUACACCCGCAAGCACUCUGUCUGACGAUCCAUCCGGUUCGGAAGGAUAAGUACUUCAUCGGGACGGAUGAAGGCGCGGUACAUUGGUGUAGCAUUAACGAUCCUUUCCAGCAUCUGGGUGUGCUACAGCUGCACUCACGUGGCAUCUUCUGUCUCGAGUACUCUCCUUGGAGUCCGAAGAUCUUCCUCACGUGUAGUGGUGAUUGGAGUGUGCGCAUCUGGAUCGAGGAUCUGUCGGAACCGAUCGUGACGUUAUCCACCGGAUUUGGACCGAUCCAGGCGGCGUAUUGGUCACCUACGAACAGCACCGUGAUCGCGAGUGUCACACGGAAUGCCGUACAGUUGUGGGACUUGAAGCGUCGUAGCUCGAAACCAGCCUCCGAGACGACGUUUGACGCGAAGACGGCUCUUACCGUGGUACGGUUUACGAACUGCGGCCGUAGUUUGCUCGUGGGAGACGUUAAGGGUUGUGCGCACGUGUGUGCCCUCGAGGAUAUGCCGUUUCCGCCUCACUUUCAGUACCGCGAGCUUCAGUCGGCCAUUUACGGGCGGUUGGUGACUACACCGGAUCUGUUGGCUCGUGUCCGUCGGAUGGGAUAUCUCGGCUACUAG